CCGAACAGGUGUCGAGGAGUCAGACUACAGCAUGCGUUCCGGCAGCGCGACUCGGGCUCACACAGCGCCGCUGCUCCUCGUACUCUACUUACUAAUGGGAGUUCAGAGCAUCCCGGUGCCUGCACACAAACACUGGAAUAACUGCAAAGACAAAGCGAUGCUACUCAACAAACUCACUCUUCAAUUACAACAAUCCAAGUUUUCAUCUUUGGAAGUGGUGAACGCGCAUAUCCAGGACUGUGUCCCUCGAAUUGAAGCGAGCGACAGGUGCGACCCCGCAGGCCUCAGAUCUGAAGAGCAGCCGUGUUUGCUGAAGAUCUCCCGGGUUCUACAUUAUUAUAGCCACUUGUUCGGGGAGAACAGCGUCUUCAACGAAAGUGAUUUCGAUGACCUGGCCCGCACACUUUCACAGCUCCUGCGGCAAAUCAAGUCACAUUAUGGACAUGCUAGUGAAAACGGGCACGGGGUCGCUGUGGAGGACUGGAGUUGCAUCACGGUAAAAGAUUGGCAGCGGCAGUAUUUGCAGCGUCACUACAUGGAGAGACUCAAGUCGUUCUCAAUCAUCGUGGCCCGUGUUUUUACUCCGGGGAACCCGUCCAAGCAUGCUGUCACAACGUUGCCCCAGUGUGCUACAAGCUAAAUAUAAGACCCAUUGGAAGGUGCCUCAGUAUGACUAUUGCACAACAAAUGAGCUAAAUAUUAAGAAACUGUAAACAAACAAACUGACCAAAUAGGAAUAUUUACUACAAAAAUAAAUAUUGACUAUAGCAGUUGAUCACCCUAGUGGUAUAUUUACAGAAUUCCCCCCCAUGUGUAUAGG